AUGGCCUACCCGCCCCCUCCAGGUAUCUCAAGCGGCCCUUCUACCGGUAACCCACCUUCUCAUCCCUCCCUACCCGCGCGGCCACCUCCGACCAAGGCAUCCGGAGGCUUCAAGCCCGCCUUCAAGCCCGCCUUCAAACCCGCGUACGGAGCCUCAACCUCCUCCGCGCCUCCCUCCUACUCGAGCGCACCGAGUUACGCCAGCGCACCCGCGGCCCAUUAUGGCUCUUCCUACGCGUCGUACCCGCAACACUCCUCGCCCUCGGUAGGCGGCGCCGGCCCCUACCAGGCAUCACCCUCAUAUAAUCAAUACCCACAAGCCGGUGCUGGCCCAAGCUACGGCCAGUCAACGAGCUACCAUGCGCCGCCUUCGACCUAUGGCGCGGCGCCGCAGAUUCGCAACCCGUUCCCGAUCCCCGGGACCGGCGGUGUCACCGCUGCCGCUGCUACCUCCGAUUACGACCCGGAUAUGGCGAUGCAAAUAGCGCAGUGGCAGAGCGCAUACAGCUCCAACAACAAGGACGCCAGCGGUAGGGACCCAGUCGUCCCCGGUGCCCGCGGCAUGCCGGCCACAGGUGGCAAUGUUGGCAAUGUCGUGACCCCUCCCAUCGUGGACCCCGCAGCCGCGGCCGCGGCAGCAGCUGCAGCAAACCAACCCCCAGAGCGCAAAAAGACCGUCGCGCGCGAAGGCGGCGGCAAGAAAUGGACGGACGACACUCUCGCCGAAUGGGACCCGAGCCAUCUGCGUCUCUUCGUCGGCAACCUCGCGGGCGAAGUCACAGAUGAGUCCCUUCUAAAGGCCUUUUCGAGGUGGCAGUCGGUGCAGAAGGCGCGCGUGAUCCGCGACAAGCGCACCGCAAAGUCCAAAGGUUACGGAUUCGUCUCCUUCAGCGACGCCGACGACUUUUUCCAGGCCGCCAAGGAGAUGAACGGCAAGUACAUUCAGAGCCACCCCGUCACCGUGCGCAAGGCGAACACAGAGAUCAAGAUCACCAAUGUCAAGGACAAGGAUCACCGCAACAACCGCAAUAACAAGAACAAGAAGCACUCAGGCAACGGUGCUGGCGGUGGGGGGAAGCAUGCCGAGGGCACUGGAUACGAACCCCACCUCGGCCCUGUCCAUAGUCACGGUGUCACCAAACCCGGACAGAAGACCAAGAAUGGUCUCAAACUGCUUGGAUGA